GUUGCACCAGGGUCUCGUGGCAUUCUGCUCGGAGCUGAAGACCAUGGAGGGGCCUGUGGAAGUGGAGAGGCUGGGGUCUGUGGAGCUCAGACAGAGACUGGAGCUGGUCACAGGACGGCUGCACGACAAACGACUGACUCUGCAGAUGCUCAGAGACAACAUGAACACCUCUAAUGGGUUCAAAAAGAAACAGCUGGAGGUCCGCCUUUUGGAAAAGAUUAAGCUCAACUGUGAAGUUUUCAAGGAGGAGAUUUCUAUAGUGCAUCUGAACAGACAGCUGGCACUUCUCCAGGCAGCACUACAGGAGAGCCUAAUAAAGGAAAAGAAGCCCAAAAAGCCGAUCCGCAGCCUGAGUCAGCUGGUGUCCCCACAGUGUCCUGCCAUGUUACUGGUGGUGCAGGAGAGCAGGGAGCCAGGAGGCCACUACAGCUUCACAUAUCACUACAGAGAGGGCAGCGGCCUGGUGGUGGUCCAGGUGGGCAACACGCACCUCUGUGUGAAUGACAGGUUGGUGGAGGUCAAUGGUUUCCCAGUGGUGAACUCCACAGAGGCCGAGUUAACUGACCUGCUUUAUCGUGAACACAGCGCUCAGAUUGUGGUCCUACGUCGCCCACUCUCCUCCACCAAGUCCCAUCAGCCACCUCUGCUCCUCCCUGUUAACCCCUCUGACCCGGGCCAAACGGACUGUCCCGAGAUGGAUGUGGUCGCCAUGGAGACGCCCCAGCGAAGAAGGGUGAUCGCAGUGUGAUAGGUGGGAGGAGCUGCUGUGGUUAAUAAUAGACUAUGGUGAUUAAAAAUUCAUGUGAAGAGGAGGGAGACUAAUAGAGUGUGACCAUAUAAAAUUAAAGGUCACAAUGGGUAUAACGAUUAACUGCAUACUAUAAAGCUUUAGUUUGGUAUUGAGAGCCAAUGAAAUCAAGAAUUCAUCAGCAAUACUGUAAUAUUAGAGCUGGAUUAGAGCUAGAUUAUCCAUGCUUGGGUGAAUCACAUUAUUAUUUUUUUUUUCCUACAGUGCUAAAGCCAUAUCCCUGACCAAAAUUUGACUCAGUCCCUAUACAACUAUAGUUACCAUCUGUAAAUUAUUAUUUUUUUGUUUUGUUUUUUUUUCCA